UCCAAUUCAAUCAGAUCGAAGAUAGUAGGGCAGAAAAGCAAAAGUUGAGAAAUCAAUUACGGAAAUGGCAUGCUGCGGCAAACCAAACCGAAGCGAUGUUCAUCUGUCGGCGCAGGAAGAAGCUGCGAUGGAGGAAGCCACCAGGAAGCACUUCGAUGCCUUAGCUCCAAACCGCCACUCUAAACCUCAGAGAAGCGAUUACUCUUCUACGUAUACGGAUACGUAUUCCAAUGGCGUUCAUGGAGACGCUGAAAUCCCUGAACUCCUUCAAUUUCAACGCCUCGAAAAAGAUCAACAGAAAUUAUGUUAUAGUGAAGGCAAAUUGAGGGAGGAAUUUGUGGAAACUGAGUAUUACAAGGAUCUGAAUUGCGUUGACAAGCAACACCACACGACUGGAACAGGAUUUAUAAAGGUGGAGGGGGCAUUGCGGAAUUCCUUCAAAAUAGAACCUGAUUCUGAUGCCGAGUUUCAUGCCUCCUGUAAGGGAAAUCCGGCCACCAAUGAAUGGAUUCCGGCUCCCGCCGAUGCAAUCAACUUUAUCUCGGACAAACCAGGCAGAAGUGACAACUGAAAGAAGAGUGAGACGUUUUGUAUGAGACCAUCUCAAGUGAAGCGUCUAGUGUUGCAAUUAUGCAUUUUCCGAUGAACUUCAAUGUAUUGCUAUGACAAUAGUUACAUUUAAAAUAAUCCAUGUGAUUUCUAAAUAUUGUAUUGGUAGUAUUUCACAAUCUAUGUAUUCAUGUUCCUACAAGCUAAGUCUACAACUUAUAUCUAAAUUAUUCUUCA